AUGCAUGUUCUCCAUGCUGUGCGCAGAACUUACGAAAGGUCAAGGAUGAUCACCAAUGUUGACGAGGUUGACCAGAUCAUUUCCAUUUUGAGCUAUGGAGAGAUCUCCUGGAGGGAUACUAGUCUGGCUUGGAACGUGUCUGAGUACGAGGGGAUAGAUUUUGUCAAGCUCCCGUAUGACAGCCUUUGGCAUCCGGACUUCAUUGUUGCUAACGCCGUGAAUAGUGACUUCAUCACAACAGACAGUUACGUCAGUCUUUUUCUGUACCACACAGGACGGAUUACAGUGCACAAGCCCAUGCAUCUACGCACUCUCUGCAGUUUCGACUUAACCUACUACCCCUUCGACACACAAAGCUGUGACAUUGUCUUCUACCCAUUUUUUGAUGACGUGGGACUGGUUUUUGAGCAUAUUUCUCUCCACCCCAUGGAAAACCCUUUCACUCAAUCUGGGCAGUGGUCUAUCAGAGAUCGGAAAAUGACUCCUGGAUCUUACCAUGCUGGUCCCAUCAUCAUAUGCAAUGUGAUACUGGCGAGAAGUCAGCUGUACUACAUCAUGUGCCUCAUCGUGCCAAUGCUGAUCACCUCUGCGAUGACGUCACUUGUUUUUUGGAUCCCCGUCGAGGCAGGAGAGAAGCUUUCUUUUCUCGUCUCUGUCUUCGUCUCCAACGCAGUGUUCCUCAACUUCAUAGCAAAUACUCUUCCUAAAAACCUAAACGCCAUGCCACGACUAGCCCUGUUUCUUCUGGCUGUUAACGGAGACUGUUUGUUCGCCAUGAUUGCUACCGUCUUCAUCAUGCAAAAACACCAACAGGAACAGAAAGCAGCGACCAUGACGUCCAGAGAUGAGGAGAGGAGAAGCCGCCUGCACCACGCAGCCUUGGAUGUAGAUGCAGUGACCAACUUGAACCAAAAAGGAGAAGAGAAAGUUCUUCGGGAGAAUUCGGAGAGUGGUAACGUCAUAUUACAGAAAGAGCUGUCAGAUGCAGAUUUGUGCCGCCGGUUAAAACGGGCUGUCGGGAAAGCUUGGCAGAGCAAGGUCACGGAUAGUUCGUUACCUGCGGAGGAAGACAAUUCCAAAGCCAAGGCCAAAACUUCCAGGUGGCAUUUUUCAGCAAAAGCAUGGGAUCGCAUCUUUUUCGUUACGUUCCAUGUCAUCAGUAUCCCCUUUUACGCACUUAUUUUUGUUUUCUAAAAGCCAUAUCAACAGUGGCACAGUCGGGCGUUUGCUUGACCAACACAUGUGGAAAUUCUGGGUUUAAAUCCAACUGGGGCCAAACCUUGAUCGUAUUUGCCAGAUCAUUUGAAGGGUUCCAUUGCAACACUAUGUUCCAAACCCUAGCAUUCCCAGAAAACCCAGUCCUUACAUUUUUUAAUGCACUGUGUCCAUCGGUAUCUACAUUGUAAUGUCAUAAAAUUAUGUGUGUGUGGGGGGGGGGCAUACUUUUGCUUUUAGUAAAUACUUUUUCCCACCAUUUUUCUGUUUUGUAGUAAACAUGAAGACUGAUUUU